AGUUAAGAACACAAACACCAGGUUGCAAUCUGCUUUAAAAAAAAAAAAAAAAAAAGUAUAUAAUACCCUGUAGAAUUCUCGGACAACCUGAACCCGUUGACCGUACGUUUGACUUUAUGAAGACGAAAUGAGUAAAAAGAUCUAUUCACUAUAGAGAAAUAUAUGAACCCCAACUGAUGUACAUGUUGCAUUUAAACAAACCAGUAGGGAACACGGUUGCUACACUCACAAAAUGCUUUAUUUCCAACACAGUCAUCUUGUAAUAAGGUACAUGUGAGUAUCUCCAAGAUUGCUUACGAAAUUUGACAAACGUCACUGCAGCGGAAAGGGGUUAAAUAAGUUACAGCUAAACAGGCAGAGCAGAGCAGGCAUCAUAACAGGAUCCUUUCUCUGAUUACUGUCUUGAAGCCAAGUAGCCCAAGAUAACUUUCACACAGCCCUCAAGACAGUUUUGAAGAUUCACUCCACAAUCCUGCACAGUAUUCACUAGUUCAGUGGAAUUAGCUAGCUGGAUUUGUUAUUUGUUUCUGAUCUUUAUGCUCAGUGACAUUCAAAUUGAUGUGCACUUUACAGUGGUAGAGGGCUAGUUAACAGCACUCCUAAGUACUGAGGCGCUGUACGUUAUGCUCCACUGUUUGCUUCAUGACAUUGUGUUUCCAUUGAUUUCUAAUCAUUUGUUUGUGGGAAUGUGAGAAACAGGUCCAAGACAAAAGUAAUUCUAUUUAAAAAAUUGUAUAAUAGAAAAUUUGCUAAAUUAGUGAUUUUUUUAUUUUUUUUGGGGGGGGUGGGGAUCUGUGUAACACAGUGGCUUAUAAAUGCUGUAUGAAUGUUUUAAGAGGUCUCCAGUUGUUCACAGAGCAAGGAUCCCAGCUUAACGCACAGUUGGAGGGCUGGUUAUCUCAAGCACAAUCUUCAUUAGGACCUGCUAGAGCCAUUAUAGCACCACAUGCUGGUUAUACUUACUGUGGUUCUUGUGCAGCACAUGCCUACAAGCAAGUGGACCCUUCUGUCACUCGGAGGGUAUUUAUUCUGGGACCUUCCCACCAUGUGCCCCUGUCACGAUGCGCUCUGUCCCCUGCUGAGGUCUACAGAACACCACUGUAUGACCUGAGGAUCGACCAGAAGGUGUAUGCUGAUCUCUGGAAAACGGGCAUGUUUGAGAGGAUGACUUUGCAAACCGAUGAGGAUGAGCACAGCAUUGAGAUGCACCUGCCUUACACUGCCAAAGCAAUGGAAAGCUGCAAAGAUGAGUUCAGCAUUGUUCCGGUGCUGGUGGGAGCUCUGAGUGAAUCUAAAGAGCAAGAGUAUGGCAAGCUGCUCAGCAAAUACCUUGCUGAUGAAUCCAACCUAUUUAUAAUUUCAUCAGAUUUUUGCCACUGGGGUCAACGGUUCCGUUACACAUACUACGAUGAAAAUCAGGGUGAAAUCUAUAGAUCCAUUGAGCAUCUGGACAAGAUGGGUAUGGGGAUUAUAGAACAGCUGGACCCCGUGUCCUUCAGUAACUACUUGAGGAAAUAUCACAAUACUAUUUGUGGUCGCCACCCCAUUGGAGUUCUACUAAAUGCUGUAGCAGAGCUGAAGAAGAACGGUCUAGACAUGAACUUUUCUUUCCUCAAUUACGCUCAGUCCAGCCAGUGCCGAAACUGGUCAGACAGCUCAGUGAGUUAUGCUGCUGGAGCUCUUAUAGUUCAUUGAGGUGAAAUCACCCAGGAGCAACUCCGAAGACCUCAGCAACAUCUCCAACUACUUAAAAAAAAAAAAAAUAGCUCAAUCACCCUGAACCUCUCUGCCUUCUAACCCCGUUUCCUUAUUUUCUCUUUGCCUUUUCCAAUGAAAGGACCUUAGAUUUGCUGAGAUGAGCUACACAGCAUUAAAUACUAAUUAAAUAUUUUCAACUAUCGCACCCUUCUCCCUUUUUAUUCCCUGUUCCACUUUGUUAAUGUUCUAGUUUGGAGUACAUCUGCAGCCUGUGCUGCUCUGUACGGUUUUCGGUUGUUUUUUUUUUUUUUUUUUUUUUCCUUUGCAAGCUUUCCAGCAGUCGAUUUUGUAGCUUGAUGGAAUCAUGCAAGGACUUUACCUGUCAAGUUCUUCAAUAUCUGUAAGAACAUUUGGUUCCGUUAAAGUUGAAAUAAACAAUGUAUCCAUAACGACAA